CUUCUCCCCCCACCCCGUUCCGGAGGACGUCCGGCCGCGGACAUGGCGCUGGUGGAGGCGGGUGCUUGCGGGCGGCUCUUGCUCUGGCCCCGUGUCGUCCUCUUCGGAGACUCCAUCACUGAGUUCUCCUUCAGGGAAGAUGGCUGGGGGAUGUAUCUUGCUGAGAGACUGGUCAGAAAAUGUGAUGUUGUGAACCGUGGGCUCUCAGGGUACAACACCAGAUGGGCUAAAUUGAUCCUGCCAAGACUGAUCGCUAAAAGUGCUGGUGCUGAGAGUACUGUUGCAGUUACUAUUUUCUUCGGAGCUAAUGACAGUGCUUUGAAAGAUCUGAACCCAAAGCAACACGUUCCUUUGGAGGAGUACGCUGCGAACUUGAAGAGCAUGAUACAGUACCUCAAGUCAGUGGACAUUACUGAAGACAGGAUUAUUUUGAUAACGCCACCGCCUCUUCAUGAAUCAGCUUGGGAAAAGGAGUGCCUUGCCAAAGGUGAUAAAUUGAAUCGCCACAAUGCAACCACUGGGGAGUAUGCCCAGGCCUGUGUUCAGGUUGCUAGGGACUGUGGAACUGAUGUAGUCGACCUCUGGACACUGAUGCAGAACAAUCAGGAUUUCUCUUCCUACUUGUGUGAUGGUCUUCACUUAUCACCGAAAGGCAACAGCUUUCUAGCAGCACAACUGUGGUCACGCCUGGAAAAAAAACUGUCAGCUCUUCCUUUCCUGCUUCCAUACUGGCGUGAUGUGGACCACACACACCCUGAGGCCACUCUGCUGCCAGAUGCCCUGCAGUGAGGAGCUGAAGCAGCCUUGCUGGACAAAGCCACUCUGCUUGUGAGCAGCCACUGCCAGGAGCACAGACAAUGCAUGCCUGGGCAAGGGGAGGUGGGGGGACCCCCUUACAGUGCUCUGCCUUGUCCCCUUCUCUUGGGCUGUGGAGAAUAAAAGAUGAGAUCACUG